GGUUUUGUCUCGGGUGUAAGGACCUCCAUGCGGUUUUACUAUGUUGUGACCAACAAACUAUUCAAUCAGUGUCUUAAUUUUGUGUAAAAAAAAUGAAAGUGGCGGAAAGACAAUUUAAAAAACUUUUAAAAAUGUUAAAAUAACAAAAAAGUGUCCUGUAAUUUAAAAUUCAUCAAGGAUGUCUUCGAAGCAAGUGAUCCUUGAAGGAGGGCCCCCUUGGGGCUUCCGAAUGUACGGGGGCUCGGAUCAGAGGAUGCCCCUGAGGAUAUCACGGGUGAAUCCAGGUUCGAAGUCAUCUUUGAAAGGGAUUCGUGAAGGUGACCUAAUAACUUCAAUAAAUGGAGAAAGUACCAGAGAAGUCACAAAUGCUCAGGCACAUUCUAUGCUCAGGGAAGCUGGACAAACUCUUAGUUUAGGACUAAAUGAGGAUUCAAACGGAUCUCCAAAACGCAGAAUUUAUAGAAGUGUUAAGGAAAUCAAAACAGAAACUAUUAAAGAAUCCAAAGUCAGCAGAGUUACUCGAAUCACAGCUGACAAUUGUGAGCCUUCAGUAAUCAGCAAAAUUCUUAGUAGUGUUCGUCAGGAUAAGGAAAAUAAUUCAGAAAACGCCAAAGAAGAUCAGACAGGCUUCGGAAAAACUUGCAUCAGGACCGAAAUUAGUGAUCCAGAUAAGGCAACAAAUUUAAAUCUAACAUCGGUCAGUGACAAAGCAACAAUGCAAGAGUCAACUACAAAUUCCACUACGACCAGUAGAUCGAAAAAACGUCGAAAUCGACGCAAAUGUCGAAAAAUCGACACGUCGAACAUCGAAGACGACCAAGAAGAUAGUGGUGACACCACUAAAAAAUCACAUGAUGCAGUAGAAAAUUCAGUUAGUGAUGAAACAAAUUGUGAUUUAGUUUUAAGUAGUGAUGGGAAUGGAUCUAGGCCUAGACGCAAAUGUCAAAAAAUCGACACGUCGAACAUCGAAGAGGAUCAAGAAGAUAGUGGUGACAUCACUAAGAAAUCACAUGAUGAGAUAGAAAAUUCAGUUAGUGUAAAUGAUUUAUCUGUGAAUGAUAAAACAAAUUGUGAUUUAGUUUUAAGUAGUGAUGGGAAUGGAUUUAGGCCUAUAUCGGAUUUUUUUAGUGAUGGGAAUAGAUCUAGGCCUUUGUCGGAUUUUGUGAGUGAUGAUAUUCCGACGACUUUGGUGAAAUUGACUGGUGGUGUUGUCAUCACAGAUUUGGAUGAUGAUUGUGUGAUUUUAGGUGAGAUUGAUAUAGGUAGUGAUGAGAAACUUAAUAGGACUAGUUGUGAAAGUUUAGGCCAAGUGUGUAGUGUUAGUACAAUAGUGAUACCCGAAACAAGUGUUCAAAAAAGUGAAUCCGAAAACGAACUGUCUACCUUCAAAGACUAUUUACUAUCCAAAACUUCAGAACAAUACCGUGUAGAUUCCCCAGAUUUGCCCAAGCAAAAACUAGCAACCAAGAAGAGUCGGAGUUUGGAUGAAGACGACACAGGUUUUAAAAUUACAGAAGCAAUUUCCAGCGACUCCGUCAACGCACCUUCAGAAUGCCAAGCAGUGAUCUCCGAAGUCGAUUCUGAGGUCGAAUGGGAAACUGCAGAAGAACUUGACGUCGAAGAAGAAAACAGCACUCUGGAUCUACAAGAUUUGUCCGACACAUGCGACUCCGAGGUCCUAAUCAGCGACUUCCAAAUGGAAAAUUUUGAUGUCCUACCAGUAGAAAUCACUGACUUCAAGACCGCCGAAGACGAUGGUAAAAAUAAAACCGAUGCUUUGAACGAAAUGCGUAUCCGACGUGCCCGUAAACGUGCAGCCUUGGAGUCCCACUUUUUACCCCAAUUGACAAACCCAAGAUAUUUAGACGUCAUCCAGGAAGAAAGUGAAAGCAGUGGCAGCAAACGCAAUAGUACCGACUUUUUGGAUUUCAUGCGCACCAACGACGAGUACGACUUGGAUGAUGAUGUUUUUGAAGACCCUGAUUCCUACAAAGCCAGAUACAAAGGUCCUCAGGAGGUAAUGCGUAAUUGGACGUGCGGUAAAUUUUUAAACCGUGAAACUGGUGAAAUGAUGCUUGUCCGGGGCCAAGAUAGUGCCAACGAGUGCUUGUUGCUAGGCACAAAACUUGUGGACACUGAGGCACCUACAUCAAUAUGCAGCGACUGGGUUAAAACUAACUUGCAGGAAAGUUUUGAUGAGGCUCCUGAGGUCGUGUAUUUGGAGGAAACACCUUCAAGCAGCACUGGAAGUGUCAACGAUGAUGUAGAUGAUAGUGGGGGGCGCUUUAGCCCCGAGUUUGAUAUUGAAAAUGUUGAUUUGGUGUUGAGGGGGUACGAUGCCCUCACACGCAAAGCCCUGGCAGAAAACAAGAUGACUGAUGAGAAAGGAGACAAGGACAAAAUUUGUACUGACUAUGAUGAGAAAGGAGACAAGGACAAAAUUUGUACUGAUUAUGAUGAGAAAGGAGACAAGGACAAAAUUUGUAUCGAUUACGAUGAGACAGGUAACGGUGUAGAUAAAAUAACUUUAUUACCUGACAGUGAAGGAUCUUCCCGUUGUUCCUCUCGUGCAACAUGCGUACCACGCAUGCAAAGUCUCGAAGAAGAGUUCACGGAUCAACCAAAUGAUUGUUUUGCAGGAGGAGUUCGACCAUCAUCCCUGAGGACUUUGUGUCUGCGGGCUAUUGCUGCCCAACCUUACGGCGAGGACAUUCUUCAAGAACUGGCGGAGGUUGCUCGGAACUUGGAUAUGAAUACCCGGAAAGAGUGCAAAAGGUUUGUACGAGAUGUUAAGGUUACAACACCACCUGUGGGCAUGGGGAGACGAUUGAGCACGGGAUCGAAAUCACCGCCCAUUGGGGGUGAGGAGAGUUAUCAUAAUUCUAGGAGACAGUCUGAGCCGGAGGAAAAGAAUCUGAUGGACUUAAAAUCUCCAAUGAUAACUGAUGAUGAAUGCACGCCGGAGGCAUCCAGGGUGCCUUCAAGACCAGAUUUCAUAGAUCUGGUUACCAUUAAGUCUCCAACGUUAAAAAAUACCAAAGAUCAACAGUGGGUACUAGGAGUGCCUACUAAAAGCGAUCCUGGUGUUUUAAUGUGUCUAUCCAAAAAGCAAACAGAAGUCAAAAUUGAACCAAACUCUGCCGACGCAAUUUUGGAUUUGCACGAGAAGUAUUUGGAACGUGUGACGUCUCCAGAUUCUAGUGCCAUACCUAGGCGCACCUUAGAUCACAAUGAGACUGCACGUGUUGAAAAUUUAUACAAAUCCGAGAUCAUGAAAACUGAAAACAGUAAGAGUGAUGGUACUGAUGUGAUGUUCAGGAAAACUUGGGAAGAUCCUGAAUACUCAGCUGAUGACAGGACUAAAAGGUUGCUCAAGAAUGAACUCCUGAGAACUUGCAAAUCCAGUUGCUCGAUACCUUACACGUUGGAACAAGACAAUUCAAAUGUCGACCAAUCAAGUAUUGACAGACUUCAUAGGUUGUACAAAAGUGAACUACGUUUGGCACAACCCAACGAAACUCUUACCAAACGCAAAAUAUCAUGUCCAAAAACCGAUGAUGCAUCCUGGAUCAAACUCUACGAUGCCUCGAGUGACAAAAAUUGCGAAGAAAGCAUCACAAAUCGUUUAACACAAGACAACAAAGGUUCCACUGUAUCCUUAAACGAACCACAAUCAACCACCAAACAUCACGUUGACACCAGACGAUUUUCUUUGCCAAAAGAGUUGCACGAGAAACAGAUGCAGUACAUUUUGGAAAAGGAGCGCCAAAUCCAAAAGGAAAUCGAUGACUUGCAAAGGGAAAAGGAACUUUUGCAUUUGGAGGAACUGGUUGCAAAAACUAGACAGAAGGCUGAAGAUGCCAGGAGUAAAGGAGAGCCAGUUAAAUCUGGAGCUGAUAGACGUGGGAAGAAUAGAAUUUUUGAUAGCAAAUUCAAAGUUUUGGAUGAAAUUAGUGAGUUGGAUGAUUGUGUUGAACGUUUGGAGAGACUUGCUGAGGAAGCUAGGAAGGAGGAUGGUGUCGAGGUUUGUCUAAAACCCAAGGUUUGUCCAAAACCCGAGGCUUGUUCAAAACCCGAGGCUUGUCCAAAACCCGAGGCUCGUCCAAAACCUUUGGGCGCCCACCAAAAAUUAUUUGAUGAGUUGACCCCGCACCAACGUUUGAUGAAGGAAAUUGAGGAUAUUGAGAAUUUGAAGUACCCACUGCCAAGAAGUAUAGACCAAGAUUUUUAUGAACUCAAGGAAACCUCAGAGGAACCUGAACCGCCAAAUCCUUUCAAGAAGUACUUUGACGAAGACUUUAACAGUUCAGAAAUCAUCAAGGAGAUUUCAAAAUUACCCAAGACAAAUAUUAGGAAAAGUUAUUCGCACCAAGAUAUUUCCCAUACGAGCAAACUGGUUGGCACCAAAAGUGCACCAAACACACCACAAAAACAAACCAAAAAGUUAGACUUGAUAUCACCAGAAGAGCAUUUACGUAACCAAAUGUACUCCGAAUACAUGUCUAAAGUGGCUGAACGUGAAAAUCGUAAACACCUACACGUCAUAAAGUUAUCCAAACACCACCAAGAAUUAGAACAUACUGAAACCCAAUUGAAAGCCAAGAUUGAGAUCAACAUGUCUGCACAAAUCGAGAACGAGUUUAUGGAAAAAGUUAGGAAACGUUGUGACAAAUUUGGUCUCCAAAACACUGAUGAUGAAGCCCAAGAAGACUUGGCACAAUCUGUACCUAAUUUAAAAGUUUUUGAUGGUGUUGGUGUGGAUAUUUGUGAUGGUAACAAGUUGCCUAAACAUUUGCUGGAGUUUGCAGAACUGGGGACAGAUGACGAAUCACAAAAUUUGGUAUGCGCUCACGAGCAACUCACGGUAAACCAAAGGGUUGCUCCUAAAAAGCCUAAAAGCAAAUUUACUGAGGUUUUGGAGUUCCAAAAUUUGAUGUCCGACGUGUCCGAUGAAGAGGCGUCUAAACUUUUCGAUCUUCUGGUCAAGGAAGAAAAACAAAAAAAGUACCAGGAUGUUGAGGAUAUUCCUGAAGCCAUCAGGAAGGAAGAGGAGCGUUUGGUGAAAGUUGUCCACCAGGAUGUUGAAAAUAUUCCUGAAGCUAUCAGGAAGGAAAAGGAGCAUUUGGUGAAAGUUGUCAGGAAAGAAGAGCAGAAAUUGGUGGACGUUGUCCAUCACGAUGUUGAAGAUAUUCCUGAAGCCAUCAAAAAGGAAGAGAAGCAUUUGAUGGAUGUUAAUGGUGAGUCAAGACUUAUCAGAAUGAGAUAUUUUGGAAUCGUGGCUUUUGUUGCUGUGGUUUUGGGAUGGAAACUUGCUAAAAAUGCCUUGAAAUAA